CACCACGUAUAAAUGUUUUACAAUUUUUUAAAUAGAAUGUAUAUGGAAACUGUCCAGAGGUCGAUGUGUAAUACAGCGAUGAAAAAAUUAGAACUUGGAGAUUCCGAAGUUUGGAAUCAAGCAAAUCCGAAGUAUCACAAGAUCGUUGCAACAUGCAAAUGAAUUCAAUACGCUUGCAAAAUGAAUUAUUCUAGUAUCAAAAAUCUUGAUAAAUAUAAGACUUUAACAAUAUCAGUACCCAAAAAAUGGAUUUGUAUGGUACAGUUAAAUAGACCUGAAAAGCUUAAUGCGCUAAAUGAUACUAUGUGGAGAGAAUUUAAGAUUUGUUUCGAUCAACUAGCUUCAGAACCAGAAUGUAGAGUAAUAAUUCUAUCAGGUGCUGGUAAAACAUUCUGUGCAGGUAUUGACCUACAAGAUAUAAUGAAAUUUGGUCAAGAUUUGGCAAAACAUGAAGAUAUUGCACGAAAAUCCAAAAUUCUACGAUUAAGGAUCAAAGAGUAUCAAGAAAGUUUUACUGCAAUAGAAAAGUGCCCAAAGCCAGUGAUUGCAGCCAUACAUGGUGCAUGCAUUGGAGGUGGUGUAGAUAUGAUAUCUGCAGCAGAUAUUCGCUAUUGUUCUUCAGAUGCAUGGUUUCAAAUAAAAGAAGUUGCGUUUGGAAUGGCUGCUGAUGUUGGUACAUUGCAAAGAUUUCAAAAAAUUAUAGGUUCUGAGAGUUUAGUAAGAGAACUUGUUUAUACUGCAAGGAAAUUUUCAGCUGCUGAAGCUUUACAACAAGGUUUUGUGAGUCGUUUACUUGAUAAUCAAGAGAGUUUAUUAAAUAGCUCACUUGCACUUGCAGAAGAGAUAGCAAAUAAGAGUCCAGUUGCAGUGCAAGGUUCAAAAUUAAGUUUAAUUUAUUCAAGAGAUCAUUCUGUUCAGGAGGGUUUGGAUCAUAUUGCUAUGUAUAAUCAAAGUAUGCUUCUAAGUGAAGAUUUUGUAACUGCCGCUGUAUCACAAGCUACCAAGGGUGAUCCACCAAUAUUUUCUAACUUAUAAAAUUAAAAUGUUGUGAUACGUAUUAUAUAUAUAAUAAUACAUGCAUACAAGGUGAAAAUUAACAUGUCCUUUCAAAGAAAAAAUAAGAAAUAUUUUUUAUACUUUUACAAUUACUUUAAUACUAACACCUUUUUUUAAUAAAUUGUACUUCCUUUAAUAAAUUGUUAAUUCAAUAAAUUA